GACCCCGAGCCCGCGGCAGAAGCGGCGGCGGCGGCUGAGCGGGCGCGACCAGCCGAGCGAGCGGCGGCGGCCCGGCUCCUCCUCGUCCGGCGCCGAGCGGCCCGCGCCCGCACUCGGCCCGCGGAGACCCGCCUCCCGCCCGCCGGCGGCCUCGUGAGGGACGCGCCGAGCCGGCGGCCGAGGAGCGGCGGCGGGCCGGGAGCGCGUCGGGCCGCGGGCGGAAAGUGCCUGCGGGGGCGGGGAGAGCGCGGCGAGCGCGCGGUCCGGCCGCCCCGGCGCCCGGCGCGGGAGCGGAGCGGAGCGGGACGCCGAGUCCCGAGCGGCCGGCGGCCGGGGCUCCCCGCCCCUCCCUCCUCUCCGGCGGCGGCGGCGGCGGCGGGCGGAGUGAGCUGCGGAGCCUGGAAUAUGGUCGGGGAAAUGGAAACGAAGGAGAAGCCGAAGCCCACCCCAGAUUACCUGAUGCAGCUGAUGAACGACAAGAAGCUCAUGAGCAGCCUGCCCAACUUCUGCGGGAUCUUCAACCACCUCGAGCGGCUGCUGGACGAAGAAAUUAGCAGAGUACGGAAAGACAUGUACAAUGACACAUUAAAUGGCAGUACAGAGAAAAGGAGUGCAGAAUUGCCUGACGCUGUGGGACCUAUUGUUCAGUUACAAGAGAAACUUUAUGUGCCUGUAAAAGAAUAUCCAGAUUUUAAUUUUGUUGGAAGAAUCCUUGGACCUAGAGGACUUACUGCUAAACAACUUGAAGCAGAAACAGGAUGUAAAAUAAUGGUCCGAGGCAAAGGCUCAAUGAGGGAUAAAAAGAAGGAGGAGCAGAAUAGAGGCAAGCCUAAUUGGGAGCAUCUCAAUGAAGACUUACAUGUCUUGAUCACUGUGGAAGAUGCUCAGAACAGAGCAGAGAUCAAACUGAAGAGAGCCGUUGAGGAAGUGAAGAAAUUACUGGUACCUGCAGCCGAGGGAGAAGACAGCCUGAAGAAGAUGCAACUGAUGGAGCUUGCAAUUCUGAACGGCACCUACAGGGACGCCAACGUCAAAUCACCAGCCCUUGCCUUUUCUCUUGCAGCGACAGCCCAGGCUGCUCCGAGGAUUAUCACUGGGCCUGCGCCUGUUCUCCCACCAGCUGCCCUGCGUACUCCUACGCCAGCUGGCCCUACCAUAAUGCCUUUGAUCAGACAAAUACAGACCGCUGUCAUGCCAAACGGAACUCCUCACCCAACUGCUGCAAUAGUUCCUCCGGGGCCCGAGGCUGGUUUAAUCUACACACCCUACGAGUACCCCUACACGUUGGCGCCAGCUACAUCAAUCCUUGAGUAUCCUAUUGAACCUAGUGGUGUAUUAGGUAUGGCUUUCCCAACGAAAGGCUAAGAAUUCAAGAACGGUCUUAACUGAACCCUCAUCAGAUCUGAAUUUAACAAAUGCUUAGUCUCAGCAGCCUCCGGGGGGGUGGGGGGGAGCUUAGCCUAGCAGUCAGUGACUCACUUGCACUUUUUGCACACUGAUAGAAAGUAAAAGUAUGUUAUUAAUUUGGUUUAGUCUGUAAUCUUACAAAGUAACGGUGAUUUAUAAAGGAGUGUAUAGUGUACUGACUGCUAAGGGCACUACACUGUUUGCUUUACUAAUCACCUAAUUCAUUGCAGUUCAUACUUAUUGACUCAGAGUUUCGAACCACAAUCUGUAGGCUGUAAGAAUUGCUUUUAAACCUUUUUAAGCGAUAAACUCUGGAAGUGGUCUUAAGGUUAGCAAAUAAUUGUCAGUAUUAAGCAUGGCAUUAUUGAAGUGGUCCUGCUGCGAGAAAGGCACUUCAGUGAAUAUGUGACUAGUAAAGCUGAAAUAUGUUUGGAUCUAAUAGAGUUCACGAAACACUGUACCUUGGGAUUGUGAAUGAACGCGUAAAACAGGUUAAGGCCAAGAUGUUUGAGAUGAAUGCAAUAUUAAUAGACGCAUAUAUACGCAACAUAUUAUGGUUAAUUUUAAAACUACUGUGCCUUAACAUGUUUCUUAAGAGGAAACUUUUGUAGUAAAAUGAACCUUUGAAAUCCAUUUUGAUAAACCUGCUGUUUAAUGUUUGUUUUCUUUUCCCUUGUGAAUGUUUUCUAACUUUGUCUUGGUAAUUGCAAUUUAACUAGGUGCGGUGGCUACUAAAGUUCGAAGGCACGAUAUGCGAGUCCAUCCUUACCAAAGGAUUGUGACCGCAGACCGAGGUUAGUUUAGUUCUGCAGUUCUUGUUUAUAAGAAAUGCGCUGGGUGUCCGUAAAAUUUGCAACACCACACCUGAUGGAAAAAUAUAACUGCUUACCUGCACACCGUGUCUUUUCUUUUUCUAAAUUAAUUUGUCAUAGUUGACAGAUUUAAGGGUUGGGAUUCUUUCCUCUCCUUUUCCUCUCCUCUCCUCUCCUCUCCUCUCCUCUCCUCUCCUCUCCUCUCCUCUCCUCUCCUCUCCUCUCCUCUCCUCCCCUCCCCUCCCCUCCCCUCCCCUCCCCUCCCCUCCCCUCCCCUCCCCCCUCCCCUCCCCUCCCCUCCCCUCCCCUCCCCUCUCCCCUCCUCUCCUCCCUUCUCCCCUCCCCCUCCCCUUCCUUCCCCUCCCCUCCUUUCUUUCCCUUUCCUUUUUUUUUUUUUUUUGUGUUCCCUUCAUAUUUUAACUUAUUAAAUCCUAUAUUAGUAUGUACUGUGAUUUAUUCCUACUAAAACAUGAAUUGGUCCAUGUGGGGAGGUAUUAAAUUUUGAUGUUGCCUUAAUUAUUUUUCAGUAAUAACUUUUGCUAAAAUAUACCUUGUAAUUGUUGUGAAAUUUUGGGUUGGUUUUGCAAAAUGAACUGAGCGGAUGGUGCUUUAAUGAAAGAAGUAAAGGAAUAUAUGCCUCCUGUGUCCUUGUGGAGAAAACUGAAGAUUUAGUUUCCAUUUUCCUUUUUAUUAAGAUACUUGAGCCACUGUGUAAACAUGAGGAUAUGCAUGUCAAGUACUUAGCUGAAAUCAAGAAAGUAAGGACUGUGAAGAUAACUUUGAUGCGGUUGGAUUUUUUAUGAAUGAGAAAAUCAGUUCCCUUUUAUUCUUACAUUCUCUUGCCAAAAUGGAUCCUUUGAUUUUUGUCAUUUGCUGCUAAAAUAUAUUAUCUGAAGGUAAACUAUCUCUUGAAGGUCUAUGGAGACAUGAAUCCAGCUUUGAAUAUCUUUUUUGACUAACCUGUGACUGGAAAAUAAGUCUUCAUUUUUCUCCUUUUCAACACUUGCAAUUUGUGUCCUAUAUAUGCCCUUGGACCCUUUUAUAAAUUAUUUAUGUUUAUUGAGGAGUGUUAUUUUCGGUUUAUUGACAUUGAAUUGUUUUCUUAGUGUGUCAUCACAAGGUAAGAAUCUGAAGCAAGGUGGAAAAAGAUCCUUGAAGAGCUUCUGUUGUACAUGUAUUACUUACUAAUUAAUUUGAUCGAAGUCUCUCAUACUAGUAGGAAAAGUGAGGGAUUUAUCCACUCCUGUCCGACACCUUCUAUGAAUUUAAGAACGACCUACCUGCUUCACAUGGUUCUCUUGAAUACUGAUGAUAAACAUUGGACACAACUGUUGUCCACGUCAGAAUAAAAUACUUUCCAAAGACACUGAUGAUACUUCUUUAGCAUCAGCCAUAAUUCAAAGAGCCUUGAAUUGAAGACUUUUAACGUAUACGUAUGUUACUUAACGAUUAUUCAGUGAAUGAAAUAGUCCCCAAGCUCCAAGCUCAGUGAUGACCUGUGACAGUAGGACACCGUGGAGGUGUGCACUGCCCCUGUGUGCCCCCUUCUUGCAGAACGAGUCUCCUUGUGAAGGAGGACCUUGCUUUUAAAAGUCACUUUAGAUUGAAAGAAACCCAAUAAUCCCGUGAAUAAUCUGAAGUCUUUUCACAUUGUUAAUGUCUGCAAUAGUUUGAAAGAGUGUUUUUAAGUAGUUUUUCUUCUAUUAACUUUUCCCUGCCUGCCCCUUUUUAGGAGGUUUCUCGUAAUUUUGUUUUAACACAGUAAUUAUUGGUGACUCAGUGCUCCAGUGCCUUGAGAUGGCAAAAAAAAUAUUAAGAAGAUUUUAUAGUACUUGGAAAUGACAUCACAUUCCAUGCAUGGCUCUUUUGUAGUUAUAUGUGUUUGUGAUUAGUCUUCUCACUUUUAUUGAAAAUGCAAUGUCAGCAAACCGAAAAGCUACCUUUUUUUUUUUUUUCUUUUUUUUUUUUUCCUUUAAAUAACAGAAUACUUGUAUACUGCUGUUAUGAUCACUGUAUGCACUCAUUGGGUCUAAGGGAGAUGUCUGAAGUCCUUCAUUUAAAUUAUUUUAUGAUACUACUGUUUUCUCUAUUUUUGAGGUUUUUUGUUUUUUUUUUGUUUUUUUUUUUUUUUGAAGGGAAGAUUAAUAUAAACAUUCACUUUUAAUGCAAGGAAACUCAGCCCUUGGACGUAUAACCAUGUAAUUUUAUAUAUCCAUUUAGAGUACUGCAUGGUUGACAAAUAUGUAGUUCUUUACUAAAAAUAAACCCACUUCAACACCUAUUUCAAAACUGAAUUUGAAGCCUGUAAAAGACCAACUGACUUGUUAGUCGUAGUGAACCAUAAGUGAUUUUGCACGGUGGACACACCUGUGUGUACUGUGGGAGGCCAGGACUUGGCAGAGGACGUGUUCUAGAUGUUCUGGUGUACAUAGAAGUGGUAGUUGGCUUUGUUUCUUCCACACAAAAAAACAUAAUCAGAGUUUUUCCGAGUAAUGAUUUUAUAAAAACCAUUUACAUAAUUUGUAUAAGAAACUUAAUACAAUUUUAAUCAAAAUCUUAAGUAAUAUCAAAAAUGCUUUAAGAUUCUGUAUUUUGGGAGUGACUAUGAAGUGGUAUGACUACAUCUUGUUAAAUAUUUAUUUUCUUCUUUAAUUUUGGAAUAGGAAGUUUUAUUUUGAAUAAAAUUCCACUUAUUUUUAAGAAAUUCAGGGAAGAUUUGGUCCCAUUGAAGAUACAGUAUUUUUGUAGUAUUUAUAAACUAUCCUAAAUGAUAGACUCUAGAAAGCAUUUUUGUUACAUGAAAGUAAACCAGUCCAUUAUAUAGAUUAUUUCAAAUAACUCUGUGAACAUUAUACCCACUGGGUCUCGAUUUAUGGAGUGGCACGGAGUCUACCUUCGCACUGAAUAGUUUUUCAUUCACAUCUCCUCUGCCUUAGUCACAAUGGCAACAGUACAGAAAAUUCUCUCAAACCUCAGAAUAGAGUAGAAAUAAUUAAGCUGUUGAAUGAGUCUUAAAAAUCAUACUACUGUUAAGUGGACCAAGUUUGGGGAAGCAGAAUGUGACAGAGGUUGAUUAUAAGGAAGGAACAACUCGAGGACACUGGGCACGAUAACUUUCCACUUGAGAACUACUUUGUGUUUUACUGUAAUUUUUUUAAUUUUUUUUUUUGUUCUGUUUGUUAUUUUGCAAAAGAAAAUAGUAUUUACAGGUGGCUUCUUUUAAAAUAUAAAAUAUAAAGCAGGAAUGUAUAUGAAAUGUCAGAUUUUAUUGUAUUUGCAGAGUAUUAGCUUUGAAAUUGAAUAAAGAAAGCUGUUUGUAGUUUUAAAAUGCCUUAUUGGUAUCAAUUAGAAAUUUCUUCUAUUUUUUGAUGUACUUAGAGCUUUUUGAGUAUAGAAUUUUAAAUGGCAGGAUUUUACAGUGUUUACAUGCCAGUGCAUUUUAUAAGUGUUCUAUAUGUGUAAAAUAGUAUUUUCAACUGGAAAGUGCUGGCUGGUGCGAAAGGCCUGGCCUUUUUCUGGUUCCCAUGACGUUGCCUCCACCGCUAGACUACAGUUUAGUAUUGCUUUGUAUCAUAAGGCCAAGAAAUUCCAUGUUGUUUGUAAAUAGAAUAAUUGAAAAAGCAAUAAACAUUUAUUGAACAAAAGAAA